AUGCAAUGGGAAAACCAGAUCAGCAGGAAAGAACAUGAACACGUUGAAAUUCAUUAUGGUCGUCAUCCAAAUCUCUCUCAUUGGUCAAUUACUGGUUCAGCUGGUAAUAUACUACUCUUAUCAAAUAGUUCUGCAGACUCUAAAUUACCGAAAGAUUUGUAUACAAGUAAAAAUGAAGAACAGGAUAAUAAUCAACCAUACAAUCGGAGAUUCAUAUUAAACAUUUUUGAUGUGAUCAAUAUUGAAUGUUACUGGGGAAUAAAAACGAGAACAGACGAACAACGGCUAAAGAAUUUACAAGAAAAUUAUUCAUCGCCAUUUCAACAAGUAAGAGAUCAAGACGAUACAGAAACAAAGAUAUUUGAGAAAUAUGAACAUUGGGUCGAUUUAGUCUACACGAAAUAUAAGCCUGAACCGAAAUAUGAGCCUGAACAAAAAUAUGGCGAAGCCAUAAAUUCAAUUAAAUAUCUUAAAAGGGUCGGACAUGGUAAAUCUCGAGCGCAAAAACAAAAAAUCGAUAAACUAAUUGAAGCAUCACAAAACAUAAUUGAAGAAUAUGUCUCUUCACCACAGAAUAUUUAUUCGUGGCGCCUUUUAAACGUAAAAAAGCACGUGACACGUGAAUUAAUUGUUACCGAUUGUUACGAUAUUCUGUUCAAUAUUUUACGAGGCGAAAAUUCGUGUAAUAGUACAUGUACUAUUGAUGCUCUAAAUGCGACUACUCUUGAUAAUGCUGAUACUAAAGACUACAAUAAAAAUGGAAUUAUAAAAGCUGGUUUUCACAUUCCAAACCUAGUUAAAAAUCGACAUAAUUCAUUGAGAACUGAAUAUGCUAGUGACAUUACAGUCGCGAUUAAAGAAGAGCAAAAGGAUAUUAUAUGA